AUACUUAUUCAAUACGUACAAUAUCUCUCAGUCAGUAGAAGGUGAUUCGUUCCAAUAAUAGACUGAAAAUUAAAAUUUGUUACCAUAAGCAAAGGACGUCAAGGACUGGGGUGGAAUUUGAGAAAACUCUAAUACGUAAUGUUAACAUAACCCAUAAAUCCAAGUAUAUUUGCUUCAAGUGCAAUAUCCACCGGGAAUGAUGGACGGGAAUGAUGAGACUGACGAGUAUGAUACUGAUAAGGAAAAUAAGGGGACGAAGGCUAAGCAGACCAGCUCUGGUAAAAAUGCAAGACACAGAGCACAGAAAUUUUGCAAGGCCUGGUUGCAAUGUGAAGAUUUUAAAUUCUGGCUGCUGCCUGUGCCUAACAACAAAUUUAAAGCAAAAUGCAAAAUUUGUGGAGAUAACGAAUUCACAGCAGAACUCAGUGUUAUUCGCAAGCAUGCUAAACGAAAAUGUCACGUCAUGAAGACUAACCAACUCUUAAAGCAUCAAAAGCAAAUGCAAUCUUUUUUGGCACGGUCUACAAAGAUGCAAGAAACAUCACAACAAAAACUAACGAAAGUCGCUGAAAUCAAGUUGUGUGGAUUUUUAGCUGAGCACAAUAUUUCAUUUCGAGCCAUUGAUCACUUGUCAGAGUUAAUUAAAACGUGCUUUCCUGAUUCUAAAAUUGCAAAAAAAAUGCAACUGAAACGGACAAAAUCCACCAACAUCAUCAAACACGUAAUUGGAAGCAGCGAGAAAGAUAUUCUAACAGAGAAAUUGAAAAAAACACCAUUCAGUAUUCUUACAGACGAAAGUACGGACAUCUGUAAUGAGAUUAACUGUAUUUACAUCACACCGAUAGAAUUUGUUUGUAAUAAAUUAUAUGUUUCCAGGUUCUACGAUGCAGAGAUCGGCGCCAUUGUUAGUCGAUUCUGGGAGUUGGCCCAGCUUUUCAAAAACAGUGAGGAAGCAGCCGAAGGAGCAACUUCUGAACGUCUAUUUCACACGAUAAUGACAUCUUUCGAAAAACGGAACAUCCCAAAAUCGAACAUUGUAGGCUUCGCGUCAGAUGGAUGUAAUACUAUGGUUGGUAAACAUAACUCUGUUGCAAGUAGGUUCCGAGAGCUCUGCCCAGGCAUCACUAUCUAUAAAUGUAUAUGCCACUCACUACAUUUGUGUGCAAGCGAAGCAUGUAAAGCUUUACCACGUACGUGUGAGGACCUAGCUCGCAACGUCUAUAAUUUUUUCAAAGCGAGCGCAAAACGACAGAGCGAUUUUAUCCGAUUUCAAUUUCUUCUCAAUUUAAAAAUACAUCGGCUUCUGCAUCCUUCGCAAACACGGUGGUUAUCUGUGCUUGCCGUAGUAAGUAGACUUCUCGAACAGUGGGAGGGUUUGAAACUGUACUUUGCUGAAAAACUUGUUAGUGAAAAGUUACUAUCAGUGGAACAGAUAUAUAAUGCUUUAAACGAUCCUCUGAUUCAUCUCUUCUACUUAUUCCUAGAAUGGGUUUUACCGAAAUUCGUAACAUUGAAUCGGUACUUUCAAUCAGACAAAGUGGUGAUAGUCAAUCUAUAUAGCAAGAUGAAGGUUGCGUAUACCGACAUUUUAUGCUCCUAUAUGGAUAGAAUGUAUGUUCUCCAAACGCGCCUUGCCGAUUUAGAUCCGACAAACGAGAGUAAAUACAUAAACGUACAAUCAAUGUAUUUAGGCGUGAAAGUAAUGACGGCUUUAAGUUCUGAAAAAUUGAGGGACCAGCCGCCUGACCUACGAAACCAUUUCUUCGAAGGAUGUCGUAGAUUUCUAAUUACGAGCUGUAUAGAAUUAAAAAAGCGAUUCGAUUUCAAAGACCCUGUUCUUCCUCUUCUGGAAAGCUUCACACCGAUAAAGGCAAUGUCACAAAAUUAUCGAACUCAUAGACCGUCUCUGCUUCCGAUAAUGACGCUAAUGCCGCGAGUAGUCCAUGAGAAUUCAUAUCAGAAAAUCGAUGAUGAAUGGCGACAGCUCCCGUUUUUCACGUUACCUGGCGAUAUAAACUCUGACGAUAAUGCCGAUAUUUUUUGGAGUAAAAUUCUCAAAAUAAAAAACGAAGAAGUCGGUGUUUUUUCUAACUUGGCGAAAUUUGUGCUUGAUGCACUCGUAGUGCCACAUUCUAACGCGGAAUGCGAGCGCGUGUUCAGCAAAGUUAAUUUGUGUAAAACAAAAGUACGAAAUAAGCUGAUAACUGAUAGUAUAGAAGGGUUACUUUUAACCAGCCAGCAUUUGAAUAAAGAUUGCAUCAAGUUUGAGCCGACAAAAAAUAUGUUGGCAAAAAUGACUACAGCGACGCUGUAUCCCCAAACUCCUCAAAGCAAUCAAAGCACGGAAGACUCGGAGAAUGACGACGUUAUGUUGGGUGAUGACGAUAACUAACAAGUAUGUUCUCAGGCUAACAUUUCAUUUGUCGUACUACAAAUUUUUCAAGCAUGUUGAUUGGCUACAGGAUAAAGAAGUUUCGAGUCUCUAAAAAUCCUCUAUCUUGUAGCCAAUCAAUGCUUGAAAAUUUUGUUGUACGACAAAUGAAAUAUUAGCGAUUAGCCUUAUAAGACAAUUCCAGCCAAGUUUUGUGAUAGUAGAUUUUACCGAUAGGCGAUAUGUGAUCUGGAUCUCAUAUAAUAUUUAUAUGAAAGGAGAGAUGUACAAAAUAGAUUAUAACGUGAUUAUAAUUAUAACAGAUUAAUAUCACAAUGUGCAAUUAGUUGAGUUAAGUAUAAGCUUCAUAAUUUCAUGUUAUGCGCUGCAAUAAAUGACCCUAAAAGAAUAAAACAUUGUACGAUAAUUUUCCCUAGUGUACGAUAAUUUGAUGGAGCUAGUACGAUCAUUCGCCUUGUGCGAGUUGGCAACGCUGCUCGGAAGGCAUUUAAGAAAAUCGAUCGAUGAGCG